GGGUGGGUCAACUCUCAAACUCGGCUUCCGCUACUCUCGAUGGGGCGUCAAAUCUCCGUCUUUUACUCGGAUCGCAGUGCCAGAUCCGCCGAUUAGGAGAGUUCAAUCAAGGAGCGGCCUAAUACGCCGUCGUUGCGUGCAGUGCCACUUUCCUGUCUCAAUUCGAUCGAUCUCUUCCUUCGAGAGAUAAAGAAGCCUCCGUAGCCCCGGCUAGGGUUCUGAUUUCUUGGUUGUUGGGAAUUGCGAUUUGGCUGAAGUUGCGAUUGCGGCCGUUGGGUUUCGGAAGGGAAGUGGCGAGCGAAGCUGUUGAGAAUACGGGCUGCCGAUGCUAUUUGCGGAAGUUUUUGAGCGAGCCGGAAGGGUUGGGGCGCAAUGUCGUGGGCGGGGCCAGAAGAUAUCUUCCUCUCUACAUCUCUCGCAAGCUAUCUUGACAAAAAACUCCUUGUAUUGUUAAGAGAUGGGAGAAAACUUCUGGGUAUCCUUCGUUCUUUUGACCAAUUUGCGAAUGUAGUUCUUGAAGGUGCUUGUGAACGAGUAAUUGUUGGAGACCUAUAUUGUGAUAUUCCGCUUGGACUCUAUGUGAUUCGCGGAGAGAAUGUUGUUUUAAUAGGAGAACUGGACUCAGAGAAGGAGGAGCUUCCAACUCAUAUGGUUUGUGUUUCAGUACCAGAAAUUAGAAGGGCUCAAAGGGCAGAACGGGAUGCUACUGAUCUGAAAGGCUCCAUGAGAAAGAGAAUGGAGUUCCUUGAUCUGGAUUGAUAGGGUUGUUUGCCCACCCAUAUAAUCAUCAUCAUUUAUUGUGAUCUUGUCUUUAAAAGUGAUACAAGUGGUCCAAUUUCAUAUGCACACAAGUGGCGGUGAAAGAAUGGAAGAUGGAAGGAACCAAACGAGUCUGUGCCAAGACUGUCAGUCUCGUGGAUGCUGAUCUUCUUGUUCUGCUCGGCCUUCAACCAAAGGAAAAGGGAAAAAAUCUAGCAACUUUUGUGUAGAUAAAAUUUAAGUCACUGAUUGGAAAACAAAAUAAAAAAUUAUUAAGUGGUGGGAGAUGAUACAGUCUCGAUCCAGGUCGGUGUGGUCUGGUUCUCGGUUCCUUUUGGAACUCUAAAAUGUUAAUCUAGUUCAAAACUGAUAAGUGAAAAUUUUGAAAACUUUCUCUACAGCUCUCGACGUAUUAACUGAUGCCGAUCUCGCCGCCUGUGUAUGAUUCUCUUGUGGAGGCGCAGUGUUUGCGCAUAUAAUUUAUGUGACGACGAUGCCGGUGAAGAAGAGUUGGCCGCCGGAGCAGGGGGAGCUGGCGAUCUCCGGCGAUCGUUUGCGGGCUUUUGCGCCGU